AUGUUUCAAAAUGUCCGUCCCGUCGCUCACGUGAUCUCCUCUUGCCUCCCUUACCCACGCGAUCACUUCUCCUUCCCCAUAGCCCUCCUGUUCGGCCGUCCAGUCACCCGCCCAUUCUGCCGUCCCGUCGUCCUCCCGUUCCGUUCCGUCGUCGUCGCCCUUCCGUGGCCCAUACCGUCGCCCCUCCCGUUCAUCCAUCCCGUCGCCCAUCCCGUAGCGCAUCCUCUCUCCCAUCCCGUCGUUCCCCUCGUCGCCCUCGCCAACGCCCCGAAACUCCCUCCCGUCGCCCUUCCUCUCUCCCAUCCCGUCGCUCCCCUCGUCGCCCUCGCCAAUGCCCCGAAACUCCCUCCCGUAGCGCAUCCUCUCUCCCAUCCCAUCGCUCCCCUCGUCGCCCUCGCCAACGCCCCGAAACUCCCUCCCGUCGCGCAUCCUCUCUCCCAUCCCGUCGCUCCCCUCGUCGCCCUCGCCAACGCCCCGAAAUUCCCUCCCGUCGCCCUUCCUCUCUCUCAUCCCGUCGCUCCCCACGUCGCCCUCGCCAACGCCCCGAAACUCCCUCCCGUCGCGCAUCCUCUCUCCCAUCCCGUCGCUCCCCUCGUCGCCCUCGCCAACGCCCCGAAACUCCCUCCCGUCGCCCUUCCUCUCUCUCAUACCGUCGCUCCCCUCGUCGCCCUCGCCAACGCCCCGAAACUCCCUCCCGUCGCCCUUCCUCUCUCCCAUCCCGUCGCUCCCCUCGUCGCCCUCGCCAACGCCCCGAAACUCCCUCCCGUCGCUCCCCUCGUCGCCCUCGCCAACGCCCCGAAACUCCCUCCCCUCGCCCUUCCUCUCUCUCCGUCACCCUUGCUCUCUCUCCGUCGCCCUUGCUCUCUCUCCGUCGCCCUUGCUCUCUCUCCGUCGCCCUUGCUCUCUCUCCGUCGCCCUUGCUCUCUCUCCGUCGCCCUUUCUCUCUCCCGUCGCCCGUUCUCUCUCCCGUUGCCCUUUCUCUCUCCCGUUGCCCGUUCUCUCUCCCGUUGCCCUUUCUCUCUCCCGUUGCCAGUUCUCUCUCCCGUUGCCCUUGCUCUCUCCCGUUUCCUAUCCUCUCUCCCCUCCUCUCACGUUGCCCUCGAUGCAGUCGUCACCUUUCCUCUCUCCCCUCCCAUCACCCACCUCGGCGCUUUCGCGUUCGCCCCGAAAUGCCUGCAAGUCGCCCUUCGUUUCUCCCCUCCCAUCUCCCAACACCCUACCAUUCCGCAAUUUUCGCUCAAUCAGCGCUCUCCGUGCGCUCUCGUUUUUUUUCUACCUAUUCCUUUUUAUCUCUAA